CACUGAACUUAGUUUGUGGCAGUAUUCUGAAGGUAAUCUUUUUGACCUUGCCCUUUUUUGCGUGUGUGUGGUUUUAUUGGGAAACAGGAAGUAACUCAGCAGCACGUGGUUUUCAGAGGAAAAUAAGUUAGUUAGUCUUCAGUUCUGGUGAUUUGGCCACAGUAGCACUACUAUUCAACAUGUAAAAACAUGAAUUGACCUGUUAGACUUUUACGUAUCCUAGGAGACGGGGAUGUGGCCGCGGUGGAUGAAGAGAGCGCACGUUCACCAGCACGUACACACAGAGUGGACCAGAUCUGCGUCACAUCCUUUACACCACGCACAGCCUCCUAACUUUCACAGCAUCACAUAAAGCCUCUUGUUAUCUGAUACUGUGAAUAAGUACACAGAAGAUUUAAUUAUAUUAUAUAAAUAGUUGCGUUGUUACGACUGAGUAUUUUAACGGAGGACAGUAACGCGCCUGUUCCCCAUGCAAUAAUUACUCCACUCUGUAAAAUAAACAUUCCGUACCGCAGGUACCAAAGAGAACUGACAUCUGCUUGUUUGUCCACUGUCAUGUCUUCACUAGGUAAAAAUAGCCUGUUCCUGCAGGCGUUGUGGUACUGAUAACGAUGUACAUCCGAGGGACAGAUGUGGAUCCCGGUGCCUGCGUGCAGACAGACGCCGGUGUCGACGUGACGAUCGAGAUUGCCUGGUCUGCGCUCUUCGUGGGUUGAUGUUGUGCUGCUUGUUGCUGCCGUUAGAGGGCGUUUGUGGCGUCUCAAAAAGAAAGAAAGAACCAAUAAGUAAAGAAGAAAAUGUUACGUUUGUUGCAGGUGAGCUAACCUGUCAUGGGGCAGUGUCUUCUAUUAAUCCACCUGGCCCUGUAACACUGCACGGCACCACACUGUAUUUGCAAACCUUUUGAAAGGACCAGAAUGCACUCAGACAGGAACAAUGGACUGGAACUGGAAGCCCAGCUUGCAGAUAAAGAGAGAGAGUGGAAGGAGCUCCAGGCUGCAAGGCUUCAUCAGUUGGAGAGUUCCCUCAAACAAGCCCAGGAGGAGUGUUCCUCACUCAGAGAGCAGAACCAGCUACUGGAGAAAAGGUUCCAGUUAAAUCUGACAGUUCUGGACAAUCAAGGCAAAGAGUUGGAAAAAUAUGAUGUCAUGACGGCAAAGGCUCUGGCAUCGGAGCAGAAAAGGCAAGAGGAGUUAAACCAGCUCCAUGCGCACAUCGUCAGGCUGGAGGAGCAGAGAGACAGGGAGGCCAGGGAGAGGAGGAAGGAGCAGAGUGAAAGUCUGAAUGCUGCCACUCAACACAGACUGCAGAUGGACAGACUAAAGCGCUUUGCAGAUGAUGAACUUCAACAGCGUACAGCAGACUUUGAGAGAAUAAUAUCGGAAUUGCAGCGUAAAAUACAAGAACUAGAGGGAGAGAUGAUCUCACAGCGACAGGAGAUUACGGCAACGUACGAUCGAGAGCUCAGGCAGCGAGAGCAUGAGUUCAACCUGAAGUCGGACGAGAUGUGUGCCGUAGUGCUGUCUCACAAUCUCAAGGUAAAUCUUCUGUGCAGCGAGACCGAAGCCCACCGCCAGGCUCAGAUGAAGGCUGCAGAAGCUCUCAAAGCAUCCGAGGAGUUCAGUGAACGUCUGAAAACCAGGCUGCAGCAAAAGGACCAGGAGAUUGAGAACAUCACUGCUGUCAAGGACCAAAGGAUAAAAGAGCUGAAGGAGGAGGUGGAACAGAUGGAGACUAAAGUGAAGGAGACAAAUGAGGAAAACACAAAUAAAUAUGAGAGUUUAAUCCAGACUCUGAAGGAGUGUGAUGCACGACUGGAAACUCAGUGUCAGACUCACUCAAAGCAGCUGCAGAAGAAUGAGAAACGCAUCAGUAAACUACAGGGGAGAAUAAAGGUCACGGCUGCACAGCUGCACUCCAUUCAGACAGAGCAGCAAGGGGCGCUGCAGCAGAAAGAGAAGACGAUAAAGAAGCUGUGCAAUGAGAUAGAAACAAUCCGCACAGGCUGGGACGAGUGUGUGAGAAAUGCCUCCUGUCAGAUGGUUGCCAAGGAUAGUGAGAUGAUCACCCUGCAGGACAGAGAAUCCAAAGCGAGGGUUGAUUUGGAGAGGAGCAGGGAAGAGGUCGAGAGGUACAAGCAGCAGCUGUGUGAAGGUUUACAGAGAGAAAAGGCAUUGGAGCAGAAAAGAGUCCAGGUGGAACUGGAGUGGCAGAGACAGUGUGAAGAUGUGAAGGCUAAAAUCUACCUAGACAAUGAGAAGCUAAUACAGGAGUUGACACAGGCCAGAGAUCAGGCAAAGGCAGAGCAGAGGGAGAAAGAACAAGAGCUGCAGGACAUGAAUGUCUUACUGCAGUCUGUCCAAAUGGAGAGAGACCAGGCAGUCAAGGGCACUACACCAAAUGCUGAUCCUCUGGCAUCAGAGCAGAUCCGUCACAUGCAGGAGCAGAACAGCGUCCUGCGAGCCGUGGUGGCUCAGAUGAGGCAGGAUAUGGAGCACCUCGGUCACCCCACAGUCCAGACGGAGGUGCAGCAUCCAGGAACGCUCGAUGCCAUGUCCACCAAAGGUGGAGCUGACGCACAGCACGCUCCUUACCUACCAGCUUUACCCACCCAACCUGCUGCUGUCUCCUCCAAUGUCUCCCACGCAGUAAAUUCAUUAAAAAGUGUAUCAGUGACAGAGCAGCCCAGCAAAGAUCUCCAUCCAGAAGCUGCCGUUGCUAAUAUCAUGGACAAGAAUGCGCUCUUACAUCAGCUGCGAGAGGAGAACACAUUUCUACGACAGCAGCUGUCCACAGGUCUUUUUGAAAAUGUCCACGGCACAAAAGACAACAAUUACCCUGGGUUGCGUAAGAGGCUGAAACAGGCAGCUUCCUGUAUCGUCCGUCUGAGCAAAGACAAGCAGCAUCUGAUAGAGCUGGGGAACCGACUGAGGGCCCAAAUCACCACAACUGGACAACAAGUAACUACACUGCCAGAGCCAGAGAAGGAGACCUCCACAGAGAAACAAGGAGAGCAGCAUGACCGUGUGUCUGACCGUCUGUCUGCUCUGGAGCAGCUUCAGUACCAGCUCACUACACAGGAGCUGCAGUACACGCUUAGACAGACGGAUGCAAAACAGAUUCUUUCUGGAACCAACAAACAAGACCCGGCAAUAAAUGGUUCCACAGAAAACCCGUGGAACGAGGUUCGAAGAACCACACACACCGCGGAGGGCCACAGGAACAAGGAAAACUGUGCCUUGCCCAGCCAAUCACAAGGCUCAUUGGAAACAGGGCCUCAGCUCCACACAAACACCUCCAAGUUACAGUUUUCAUCGCUGGAAUCACUGCAUUCUCUAAAGGAGCUGUGGGCAACACUUGACUGUGCAAAGAGUUCCUCUUCAUUCUCAGAAGGUAAUGUUGACCAGAGCACUAAGGAAAUAACUGGGUCUGCUGGUGCUGAUCUUCAGAUUGUUGUGCAUGGGGUCACUGCUCCUAUUCACAGUCAUGCUCCAUCUGAGGUCCAGCGUAAGAAAAACCCAGGUUUAACACCAAUCAAAAGUAGCAACAGCCGCAGACCUGGACCAUUUGCAAAGACCAGAAACUACAACAUUAAAGACUAAACCCCACUGUGCUGGACAUGUUCUACUCUGCCUCACAAUAGCUGCAUAAAAAUAAUGUUUUUUAAAUCCUUUUUAAAUUAAUAUUUUAAUAAACCAUGUCUCAAAAGAA